UCGCCUGACUCGAAGCGAUCGUACGAUGGACUGGGACGAGAAGGAGGAGAUGGCUGCUUGUGGCGGCUACGGUAUUAAAUGCGACCCGGACAUGAGUUUCGGGCCAGACUCCUACCCGCCCGUCUACCAGUGCGAGCAGCAACCGUUGGCGGAACCCCCGUGCGAUAUGGACCUGGCCGGCUUCCUGGAGAUGGACGACAAAAUGCUGUCUGAGUUGGCAGCAGGGACAUCAAAAGUCCCUACGUCCUCCAACAACGAGUGGACCUCUCUAUUUGACGAUGUUCUUGACCCGUCGACUGGUCUGCCACUGAUGGGUCACCCCAGCGUGCCUCCCCUCUCUCCCCUCGGGGCUCCCGCAGUCUCUCCCAUGGACUCCUGGGUCCUGGAGGAAACAAAGAAACUGGAGGCUCAGCAGAGGGUCCAGCAAAGGAAACUCCUCGACCUCAAACAGACUCUGAUUAAGACAGAGAUUCUGAAGAACCAGCUGCAGAUCCAUGCCUCCAUCUCCCAGCAGCAGCAUCUUCAACAUCAGCUCUCACCUCCUCCCCCUCUCCACCCCUCCCCCUCUCCCCCUGCUCACAACCCCGCCUCCUCGGCCCCCCUCCACCCCGGGACCACGGGGAGAGGGGCCCGGAGUAACUACACCUUCCCCCACUCCAACGGAGUACUGACUCCGGAGAAGACGGAGAUGAAGAAGACUCCGAAGCUGCCCAUCACUCGCCUCCCACCAAAGCCACACCCCACUACUAACGGGGAGAACAACCAAGACACAAUUGAGGACAGUCCUCCGGGGUCUCCUCCACAUGAUCCUGAGAAGAGGAAGGUGCACAAUCUCAUAGAGAAGAAAUAUCGCUCCAGCAUCAACGACCGCAUCGGCCUCCUCAGAGACAUGGUCUCAAAACACAGCAAAGACAACAAGAAGGAGCUGGAGAAGUCUAAAUCCUGUCGCUCUGUUCCACAGCUGCAAAAGUCGGCCGUGUUGCAGAAGACGAUUGAUUUCAUCCGCCACCUGGAGACCACCAUCAAGAGACUCUCGGAGGAGAACCGGCAGCUGAAGGAGAUGCUGGCCAAGGCGACCGGGCAGCCCCACCUGGCGGGGUACUCCCAGAGCCCCCCUGUUACCCCGCCCUCCAUGUCACCCCGCAGCUCUGUCAGCGGAGAAGAUUCAGGGGUUCCCCCCUCUUCCCCUGACUGCGACUCCGGAAACAGCAGCCCCCUGCCUGGAUCCCACAAUCCCUUCCUCCCCUUCCACCCCUCCCUCCCCUCCUCCACCAUGCCACACCUCCUCAUGUGUGUCCUCCUGGUGGCUGUCUUCUUCGUCAACCCUCUCUACUUCACCGGUCACCACUCCCACAUCAUGGAGGCCACACCCCUGGAGGCAUGAGGACACUCAGCAGUGUUCCCAACAGCCUUCCAGCCGAGGAGUACGUGACUCGAGUGUUCUGGUGGGGCAUGGUGUGGAUUGUGAGGUUGCUGGUGGCCGCUGUCUGCUUCGGCUGGCUUCACAUCCGCUCGGUGGCUCAGUUUGGGCCCUCUUCCCCCGAGGGCAUCAAGUUCUGGAGGUUCUGGAAACAAGCCCAGCAAGAUCUUCACAAGGGAGAGUAUGGUGCGUGUCGAGAUAGUGUGGAGUUGGCUCUAUCUGUCAUCAAUCGUCCAGUCCCCACCUCCUCUUUCUCUCUGGCCCUGGGUCUACUCUGGGCCUCUCUCUCCCACCUCAUCUUCCAGGUGGGUCUGGGAAAGCUAGGUGUCUACCUGGCCUCUCUUCUGGAGUCAAAGAUUCCAGUGGGUGGGGCUUCGGCAGCGGGGAAGAAACAUGGAUUCCGUGUUACUAGCAGUGAAGUGGCUCAGGCCUACCAUCUUCUGCACCAAGUCAACAUGACCGCUCCUGGCACUGGAAGUCAUCUGAGCGGACUAGGGCUCUACCUUGCUGUGAAUGCUCUCAACUUUGCGGAGGCUGAUCGUCCGAAGAAGCGACUCCCAGGUCCAGUCGUCUCUGAGAUAUACUGCUCUCUCGGUCUCCAGAGCUCCCUCUCACUCCCCCACCUCUCCUCCCUGGCCUUGUGGUACUACCUGUUCCGGUCUCGUAACAAUGGACCCUCUCAGCUGCCAGCCCAGCUGAAAUGGACGACCACUCCUCGAGGAAAGAGUUUCCUUCUGAACGGGAGGUGGGAGGCGGAAGUCAGCCUCGGCUCUCGUCUCUACCAGGGCCCUGCAGCUCUUCCACUGUAUUCUGUAACCCGUGCAUUCUGCAAGGAGCUGCUGUGUGAAUCCUUCAACACUCUGCUACUGCCUCCAGUCCCUCCCUCCUCCCCUCCCACCCAGCCAUCCACUGACGCCACUCGCGAGCAGUUCAAAUACAUUCUCAGUCUCACCAAAGAGGCCACCUCCAGUCUCCUGGCCGGUCACGGCAGCCCAAGCUCCUGCGUUUCAGGGUUUGCAGUAAUCCAGUGGUGGGCGUCGCUGGGACUAGUUGCAGGUCACUGGACUGCAGGAGAUGAUCAAGAAGCGGAGGCUUACUACCCAACCAUUGAGGGAAUGCUCGGGGACAGCACUCCGGUACCUACUGCACUCCACCUGGCUUUCAAGGCUCUCCGCCUUCACAAACGUCCCCAUGGAAACCAGGCCACGCCCACCGAGACCCUCCUACAUCUGUGCGGAGUGACGAGCAACGCCCUCCAGACGUGCGUGACUGAUGUCCUCCAAGAUCACUCUGACUCUGUCGAGAACGAGCUGCACCAGCUGGGUUUACUUCUGGCCUGCGACUGGCUCCUGGAACUGAGGAUAGCCCUGUGGGAGGGAGACGGAGGGGAAGGAUGGGGUGGGGGUGGGGAGAGAGAUCACCCCAGGUUUCUAUCAAGACCUUGACACCCUAGCAAGACUUGUUUCUCUCCUUCCUUCUGCCCUACCCCGAGUAAGGCCACUUUUUGCACUAUUUUGAGUGCUCAUAGUGUUGAUUUUUGCUCUGUAGCUGAGGCUGUACAAAGGAUGCUACCAACUGAUGGCAGGGGCUAACCCAAUGCAGGCUCAAAACAUGCUCAACAGUACUGGACGAGCCUCUCUCUUGCGUCGUAGGGGACUGGACAAGGAAUGGAAGAAAGUCAGCAGUACAGCGAUGUUGAGUCACGAGCAAGCCAUGGCACAGCUGUUGGCUUACAAACACCUCCCACCAUCUCUUGACCCUACCUCCUCCCAGAGUGCCACGCCCCCUGGCCCACACCCCCAAUAAACACUUCUAGCAAACACAGGACUGAAAUUUGAGGCUGAACUAUGACAACUAUGUAUAAGUACCUAUAUACAUGUGUAGCUGACCCCUUCAUAGCAUUAUGUGUGAACUGCUCAUUUUGUACAAUAGUAAUAUUACACAUGCAGCAUUUAUAAUUAUAUCGCUGCAUCGAGAAACAAACUAUAUAAUAUACACAAAAUGGUGAAAAGGACC